GAGUUAUUUAGCCUCUUUACUUCUUACCAAAAAGUCCACAAUCCUUUAUUAUUUUCUUGUAGCAAGAAUAUGUCAAUCCUAGGCGGCAGGGAAAACAGUAACAAAAUGUCUCAACCAUAUCUCCAACUCCAUGAAUUCAAGAAACAAGCUUCUUUCUUCCUCAAGGAGAAGAUCAAGACAGCUAGAUUAGCCUUGACUGAUGUUACACCAGCUCAACUAUUGGCAGAAGAAGCUACAAAUGGAAAUCCAGGUGCACCAGACACAAGAACACUGAAAAUGAUAUCAAAGGCAGCUUUUGAAGUUGAUGAUUACUGGAGAAUUGUUGGGAUCCUUCACAAAAAAUUGUCAAGUUUUGAUAGAAAGAAUUGGAGGGUGUCAUAUAAGGCUGUGAUUGUGCUGGAACAUUUGUUGACUCAUGGACCUGAAAGUGUUGCUGAGGAAUUCCUAACUGACAAAGAUGUUAUCAAGGAAAUGGGACACUUUCAACUCAUUGAUGAGAAAGGAUUCAACUGGGGGCUAAAUGUUAGAAACAAAUCAGAGAGGAUAUUGAAGCUGCUAGAAAAUGGACAACUUCUUAAAGAUGAGAGAAACAAAGCCAGGAAGAUAUCAAGAGGGAUUGAAGGUUUUGGUAGCUUCAACAUUAGGACUAAUUCAGCUGAAGGAAUUUUGGAAGAAUCAGCAGUAAAACCUUAUGGAAGGUCUAAUUCACAGUUUAAUGAUCAUGGAAAUGAAGAUGAUGAAAAUUCAAACUUCAACACUAAAGAUUUUGUCAGCACAAAAAUGGAGAAAGUGGAGGAUGCAGCAGUUUCUAGUGUUAGUUUUAAAGAAAACAUGGCUCCAAGUGAAGACAUGCAUAAGUGGAAUUUCAAAGGAGAAUCAAAAUCACUUUUGGAUGAACAAAAAACAGAUCCAAGAAUAGGUUUUUCCUCAGAAGAAGAUCAUCCUUUCACUGAAACCGACCGAUUAACAUCAGCCUCCCUACUUUCUUCUGGAGAUCAAGUCCUCCAAACAUGUCAAUAGGGUUGCUCUCAUUUUAGUCGCUCUCGUGCAUAUGCUGAAUAGUUGUUUUACGCGUUCAUCUAUCUAUCAGGAACAGUCGUCUGAGUGCUACAUAGAGCUAAGAACGCGCGAUUGGCUGUUCCCUUGUACCAGUACUACUAGAUGUUUUGAGCUUCAUUUUGUAUACUACAGGGUACAACAAUGCAGAAAUGCAACUGUACUGAUAUAUCAUGUUAAUGGAAUAAUUGCUACUUUCUUGAAAGAGCUAAUACCAAGUUAGUGUUCUUGUUCA